GAAAAUAUUUUAAAUCUUCCAUGUUUGCCUUUGCCAUAAUAGAAGAGUAUUGGAAAGUUGCAAAACCCAUGAGUGGCCUUCCUCUCCUGCUCAUCAUUGUUGGGAUUGUCUCAGUGUUAAAUCCUACAGAGUUGAGUGUUGAGCCUUGAUUUUACUAUUAAUUUGAAGUUGGCAGAACUACUCAGUUAUUUUGAGUAACAACAGCUCUCAGUUUAUCUCUUGCGUUCAAAGCUACAAGUAGGUAUUAGAAAUCCAGGAGGCUUCAUUGAUUUACCUCUACAAGGUUGCAACAAUCACUUAAUUCACUCAGAGCACGAAGAACUAGAUCAUUCUGCUUUCUUCCCAAAUGAAUGAGCAUUUCUACUUGAAGACCAGCCACACGUUGGGUUGUGUGCACUACUAGAUGUUGUGUUUAAAUGCAGAGCACACAAUUGCAGAACUGGUUCCCAAGUUAUUAGCAGAUUUUUGGAGUGGCUGACAUGGCUACUGCUUUGAGUAACUUGCGAUCUGUGAAUGGCUGCAGCCACUUGCUUCUCUCUGUUCCUCUGUCUGCUAAUAUGGGACAGUAGAGAGCUGCAUAUGGACAUCUACAUGUCUCAGGAUGUUUUAUAUGAUGUGGUCAUAAUUCUGGCUCUCCUAUAGAACUUGAUAAAUUCUGCUGUAAAAUAAAGCACUAGAUUGGCUUACCUGCUGUUACAUGUUGUCCAGCAAUAGCUCACAAAAGAGUAGUGGUUUUGUUCAGGGUCUUAAUCUUAGUUUUGAGAAGGGAGUGGUAUGUGAGGAAAGCACAUGCAAAUUUAUGGCAGUAAAAGGUAUUUAACCCUGCUUGUUUAAAGGUCUUUGUGAAUAGACCUGUUGAAACUUGCCUUGGAAGUGGUUUCAGCUGGGACAUUGUGAGGUGUGGAGAGAGAAGUUGGUUUUGCAAAUGAGCAAUACUGUGGCGUUAUGGCCUUAGAGCUCCCCCAUGCCCGGUGUCUGUGCUCAGUUGUGUGUGUGCUUGGCUUUAUGCAUUUAGGCUGUUAGUAACAGGCUGCUGUUGCAGAGGGAGGCGACUACCCUGGCAGGCCAACCACAGCCCCCACCCCCGCCUCCCAAGUGGCCUGGGAUGAUCUCAAGUGAACAGCUGAGCUUGGAGCUACACCAGGUGGAAAGGGAAAUUGGGAAGAGAACCCGUGAGCUGAGCAUGGAGAGCCAGUCUUCACUGGAUAUGAAAAACAAACUGGGCACCGCUAAACAGACAGAAAAUGGACAAUUAGAGCCACAAAGCAAGGUUCCAGCUGAGGACCUCGCACUGACAUUCAGCAGUGAUGUUCCAAAUGGAUCGGCUUUGACACAAGAGAACAUUGGCCUCCUGUCAAACAAGGCAGCGUCUCUGAGCUUGUCAGAGGAGCCUGAGGGAGGAGGGGACAGCCACGACUCCCAGCGAGCCGGAGUCACACCCACAUCUGCUCCAUGAAGCCAGGCCAGCACACCCCGAGCUCCUCCUGCCAGGGUGGCAGCACCUUCCAUCACGUUUUUUUUCCAGGGGUAAUUGGAGAAAGCCAGGAGCAGCAGCAGUAGCAGAGCAGCAGGUCCAGAGGCAAUGUGCACAAACACAACUACUAGAAACAAAUCCUGCACAUAGUUCACAUUAACGCAUUUUUUAAUUAAAAAAAUGAAAAUUAGCAGUAUCUGCAAGCAAUUCAAAUUAAAUUUGUUUUUGUUCUGUGAAUGAACUUUAUUUUAAUAACUUUGGACGCCUUGAAUCCCAGGGCUUAAAAAAAAAGAUAUUAUAUAUAUACUCUGUUUGAUUAAUUGUAUGAUCUUAAUGAAGUAGAUUUUUUCUUUUAUUUUGGUAUUAUUACAUACCCAGUGCAUAAUUCCUUAUCACCUUAAUUUCUCAAUGACUAAAACAAUCUGGCCGCUUCCUUGUGUGGUUUAAGAGUAAACAAGGAAUGAGGGUUGGAGAGUAGCUGUGAAAUUGCAGUGUCAAAAGAUGUGCAGCAAACUUCAUUCUUCCCAUUGUGGCCAGGAGCUGAACCCCAGCUUCUUACUUAAAUUGUUGAAUUUAAACUACAAGUGACAGAAUCCUUGCAAUUCAGCAGGUGUUGUGGUUUGGUUUUUUAAAGGUGGCAUUGUUUAAGGUCUGUAUGUUAGAAAUUGGCACCUGAGAGUCAGCCUGCAGCUUGUCUGUCAGUGCUGCAGUGAAUCCUUCCUGGAUUCUCCUUUCCUAAGGAAAAUAUUGCAUCAAAAUGGCCGCUGGAGGUGCAGCACAAAUCCUGCCAGAAGUACUGGGAAGCAAAUUUGCUUGAUAGAUCCAAUGCUUCUCCAAGUAGAUGCUUUGUAAGUAUAAGUUGGAGAAGCCAUCAAUCUUUUUUAAAAAGUAAAGAAAUGAAAGAUUUUAUUCUUGCUGCACGUUUUUUGACUCCUUUGACAUACACUAGGGUGAGACCCUGGAUACAAAGAACCCUGGAGAACGAUUUUAAAGUGCUGCUCCCUCUGCACCUUCUUGGCCUGUGUUCUCUUUUUUUUUUUCUGGGUUAGACUACUAAAUGGGAAAGCACUGGUUAUGUAAUAAAUUACUGCAUUGCUUUGGUUGGGUAAAGCAAGAGUUAUUGAAUUUUCUUGGGUUUUAGUUGUUUUUCCUUAACCUUAACUCCUGCUGAGGUCGUAGCAACCUUGGGCUAAGCUUUGCAUUCAUCAUACUGUUAAAUAAAACAAAAGGGGGGGUGGGAGGGGAUACAGUCCCACUAUUGCCUACCAGUAGGAGAGUCCAAACAGAAGACUCUUUUGAGUAGCAAUUAUUUAAUUUGCCCAGUUAAGGCACCGCGUUUAUAUACUAUUUCACAUUGAAUUUGAUUAUGCCCUACAGACCUGGCUGGUCAAGGAUUUGAUACACAUAUUGGCUUGGGAUUCGAGCUUUCUUUUUUAUUUAAAUAAAAAUUUAUAUAUAAAUAUAUAUAUAUACAUAUAUACAUAGUUAUAUCUGUAUAUAUAUUGGGUAUGUUUUAAGAAUUUUUUCGCAUGAGCGCAGCUGUUGUGAUCAAAUGUCUGGGAGGUAGAAGCACUGAAUGAAAAUAAAGGCAUUUUUCAGCUCACA